AUGUUCACUCAGCAACCAAUGCAAUCCACAGAACCUAGCAAGGAUGUUCAAAGCUUGAUGAACAUUGGUCGUGUCCGGGCCGAGAUCGAACUUCUUGUGGAUGUCAUUUUCUACAAGCAGGAGACAGAAGUUAGUCAGACACACAACAAAGAAUUCCAUGACUACUGUAGCAGAUCAAAUGGAUGCAACUUGCCAUCACAGUAG